GCUUAGCAGCCCGCGGCGGCCGGUGUCGGCGCUGCUGCGUCGGGGCCUCGGGGUGCGCUGGGGGCCGCGUUCAUGUCCCGGGCGGCUUCGCGUGCGACCCGAAGGCUGAAGGAGCACGGGCGCGGCCGGGCGGGCUGGGACCAGAAAUUUCGUUCAACCCUAUCUGGUGCAUCUUUGGCAGAAAGUGAAGAAAACACCCCCAUUGUUCUUUGGCAUGGACACAAGUUCAGUGGGAACAUUAGAAUUGACUGAUCAAACUCCUGUUUUAUUAGGAAGUACAGCCAUGGCAACUAGUCUCACAAACGUAGGAAAUUCAUUUAGUGGCGCUGCGAAUCCUUUAGUAUCUAGAUCUAGUAAGUUUCAGAAUUCAUCAGUGGAAGAUGAUGAUGAUGUUGUUUUUAUUGAACCUGUACAACCUCCUCCAUCUUCUGCACCUUUGGUUGCUGAUCAAAGAACCAUAACAUUUACAUCUUCAAAAACUGAAGAACUACAAGGAAAUGACCCCAAAAUCCUUCCUUCCUCGAAAGAGUUGACUUCUCAGAAGGGCAGUGUGAGUGAGACAAUUGUCAUUGAUGAUGAAGAGGACAUGGAAACAAAUCAAGGGCAAGAGAAGAACUCCUCACAUUUUAUUGAAAGGAGACCCUCUGAAACUAAAAACAGAACGAAUGAUGUGGAUUUCUCUACUUCCACUUUUUCAAGAAGUAAGGUAAACACAGGAAUGGGUAAUAGUGGUAUUACCACAGAACCAGACUCUGAAAUUCAGAUCGCUAAUGUUACAACAUUAGAAACAGGCAUAAGCUCUGUGAGUGAUGGCCAGCUAGAAAGUACUGAUGGGAGAGAUAUGAACUUAAUGAUUACUCAUGUGACAUCACUGCAUAAUACCAACCUGGGAGAUGUCUCUAAUGGACUUCAGUCAAGUAACUUUGGUGUUAAUAUGCAAACGUACACCCCAUCUUUAACUUCACAGACCAAGUCUGGAGUAGGACCUUUUAAUCCUGGUAGGAUGAAUGUUGCAGGAGAUGUAUUUCAGAAUGGAGAGUCUGCACCUCAUCAUAACCCUGAUUCCUGGAUCUCCCAAUCAGCAUCAUUUCCUCGUAACCAGAAACAACAAGGGGUGGAUUCUUUAUCACCAGUGGCCUCACUUCCUAAACAGAUAUUCCAGCCUUCUGCUCAACAGCAGCCCACUAAACCAGUUAAAGUCACUUGUGCAAACUGUAAGAAACCUCUGCAGAAGGGGCAGACAGCUUAUCAACGAAAAGGAUCAGCUCACCUCUUUUGUUCAACCACCUGCCUUUCUUCUUUCUCUCAUAAACCUGCUCCAAAGAAACUCUGUGUUAUGUGUAAAAAAGAUAUAACUACAAUGAAAGGAACAAUUGUUGCUCAAGUAGAUUCAAGUGAAUCCUUCCAAGAAUUUUGUAGUACAUCUUGCCUGUCUCUCUAUGAGGACAAGCAGAGUCCUGCUAAAGGAGCUCUAAAUAAAUCGAGAUGCACAAUCUGUGGCAAACUCACCGAGAUUCGCCAUGAAGUUAGUUUUAAAAAUAUGACUCAUAAGCUAUGCAGUGACCACUGCUUCAAUAGAUAUAGAAUGGCCAAUGGUCUAAUAAUGAAUUGCUGUGAACAGUGUGGAGAAUAUUUGCCCAGUAAAGGUGCUGGAAAUAAUGUUCUGGUGAUUGAUGGUCAGCAGAAAAGAUUUUGCUGUCAGAGUUGUGUCAGUGAAUACAAACAGGUAGGUAGUCAUCCAAGUUUCCUGAAGGAAGUUCGAGAUCACAUGCAGGAUUCUUUCUUAAUGCAGCCUGAGAAAUAUGGAAAACUGACAACGUGUACUGGUUGCCGAACACAGUGCAGAUUUUUUGAUAUGACUCAGUGUAUAGGUCCUAAUGGAUAUAUGGAGCCAUAUUGUUCAACUGCUUGCAUGAACAGUCACAAGACAAAAUAUGCAAAGUCACAAAGUUUGGGAAUUAUUUGCCAUUUUUGUAAGCGAAACUCUUUACCUCAAUACCAAGCCACAAUGCCUGAUGGAAAACUGUAUAACUUUUGCAAUUCCAGUUGUGUGGCUAAAUUUCAGGCACUAAGCAUGCAGUCGUCUCCAAAUGGCCAAUUUGUAGCACCCAGUGAUAUUCAAUUGAAAUGCAACUACUGUAAAAAUUCCUUUUGUUCAAAACCAGAAAUCUUGGAAUGGGAGAACAAAGUGCAUCAGUUCUGCAGCAAAACUUGCUCAGAUGAUUAUAAGAAGUUGCAUUGCAUAGUUACAUAUUGCGAAUACUGCCAAGAGGAGAAGACACUUCACGAAACAGUAAAUUUCUCCGGUGUUAAGAGACCAUUCUGUAGUGAAGGCUGCAAGCUAUUAUACAAACAAGAUUUUGCAAGACGAUUAGGAUUAAGAUGUGUUACGUGCAACUAUUGUUCUCAGCUGUGUAAGAAGGGAGCCACUAAAGAGCUUGAUGGGGUUCUCAGAGACUUCUGCAGUGAUGACUGCUGUAAAAAGUUUCAGGAGUGGUACUACAAGGCUGCGAGAUGUGACUGCUGUAAAUCCCAAGGCACCCUUAAAGAGCGAGUGCAGUGGCGUGGGGAGAUGAAACAUUUCUGUGAUCAACACUGCUUACUACGUUUCUACUGUCAGCAAAAUGAGCCCAAUAUGACUACCCAAAAAGGACCCGAAAACCUACAUUAUGAUCAGGGCUGUCAGACGUCCCGAACCAAAAUAACAGGCUCAGCACCACCCCCUUCUCCUACACCAAACAAAGAGAUGAAGAACAAAGCAGUUCUUUGCAAACCUUUAACAAUGACAAAAGCAACUUACUGUAAGCCUCACAUGCAGACCAAAUCUUGUCAGACAGAUGAGAAUUGGAAGACAGAGUAUGUCCCAGUGCCUAUUCCUGUACCUGUCUAUGUGCCCGUGCCUAUGCACAUGUACAGCCAGAGUGUUCCUGUCCCUACCACAGUUCCUGUUCCUGUGCCCAUUCCUCUGUUUCUGCCUGCUCCAUUGGACAGCAGUGAGAAGAUUCCUGCCACGGUUGAAGAUGUAAAAAGCAAAGUUUCUUCAGGUCCUCUUGAUACAGAAUUGCUUACAAUGCCAGAUAUGAUGACUGAAGAUGAGGGGAAAACAGAGGCAUCCAAUGUCAACAGUGUAAUUAUUGAGACUGACAUAAUUGGCUCGGAUUUCACAAAGAACUCGGACACAGAUAUACAAUCCAACAUGCCUGAUGUACCAUAUGAACCAGAUUUGGAUAUCGAAAUAGAUUUCCCUAGAGCUGCAGAGGAGCUUGAUAUGGAAAACGAGUUUUUGUUACCACCUGUUUUUGGAGAAGAAUAUGAGGAGCAGCCCAGACCUCGAUCUAAAAAAAAGGGUACCAAAAGAAAAGCUGUGUCAGGAUACCAGUCUCAUGAUGAUAGUUCUGACAACUCGGAAUGCAGCUUUCCUUUCAAGUAUUCAUAUGGUGUAAAUGCAUGGAAACACUGGGUCAAAACUAGGCAGCUUGAUGAAGAUCUUCUGGUAUUAGAUGAGCUAAAAUCCUCUAAAUCAGUAAAGUUAAAAGAAGAUCUACUCUCUCAUACCACAGCUGAGCUCAACUAUGGGUUAGCCCAUUUUGUUAAUGAGAUCCGACGACCAAACGGAGAGAAUUAUGCACCUGACAGCAUCUAUUACCUCUGUCUUGGUAUACAGGAGUACUUAUGUGGUAGUAAUCGAAAGGACAACAUAUUUAUUGAUCCAGGAUACCAGAUGUUUGAGCAAGAAUUGAAUAAAAUACUCCGAAGUUGGCAACCAAGCAUCCUUCCAGAUGGGUCAAUAUUCUCUCGAGUUGAAGAAGACUAUCUCUGGAGGAUAAAACAGCUAGGAUCACACUCUCCAGUAGCUCUUUUGAACACCCUGUUCUACUUUAACACUAAGUAUUUUGGCCUGAAAACAGUGGAGCAACACUUAAGACUUUCCUUUGGCACUGUGUUUAGGCAUUGGAAAAAAAAUCCUUUAACAAUGGAAAAUAAAGCGUGUCUUCGAUAUCAGGUGUCUUCCUUAUGUGGAACAGACAAUGAAGAUAAAAUUGCUACUGGAAAACGAAAACAUGAGGAUGAUGAGCCAGUAUUUGAGCAAAUUGAAAACACAGCCAACCCUUCUAGAUGUCCUGUGAAAAUGUUUGAAUGCUACUUGUCUAAAAGUCCACAGAAUCUUAAUCAGAGAAUGGAUGUUUUUUAUUUGCAACCAGAAUGUUCUAGUUCUGCAGAUAGCCCCGUGUGGUACACAUCUACUUCCCUGGACCGGAACACGCUGGAAAAUAUGCUUGUACGGGUUCUUCUAGUGAAAGAUAUUUAUGAUAAAGACAAUUAUGAACUGGAUGAAGACACAGACUAAAAAGGACCGUUUCAGAAGCAAUGGGAUAACACAGCAUUAGAUAGUCAUGCUGCUAGAUCUUUACAGGAAAACAUUUCAAGUUUACUCCUUCUGUUUUGAGUUUUGUAGCAAUGUACCCACACUGGGUAUUACCAUGUAAAUAAUCUGUGAGUGAAAGUUGCCAUUAUUCUAUGUAGUGGUUUUAGGAUACUUAACAAAUACAUCAAAUUCUUUUUUAUUAUUAUUUAUUGAUUAGGUAUGUUUGUAACUUUUUACAUUACAAAAUAUGAAGAGAAUGUGCCAUGUAUAAGUUUUUCUUGUUGCACUGCUCUACUGUUGCAAAGCUCCCUCCAAAAGGGCGUGCUUUUACUGCAUUCUUGACCAGACGGUUGUGUAUGGGUAGCACUACUCAAGUUUAGAACUUGCAGUGUCUUUCAGAAUUUUUAAAAUAAACUGUAAACUAAUAGGCUGGGUUUUUUUGUUUUGUUUGGGUUUUUUGUUUGUUUGUUUUAUGUUUUAGUUACUGAAGCCUUACCAGGUUAUGUAGAGAGAUACCAUCUUCUGUACCAAAAAUAGACAAGAGAAUGCUGUCGAUACUGGUGUUCUGUAAUGUGAACCUAUGCUGGUGAAAACAACUUUAUGUUCCCCUUAUUAAAACUUAGUGUCCUUUU